UUGGAACAAGCUGAACGUCUUACUCCACCGAAAAAACAUUUUUAAGUGGAAAAAUCAUUAUGAAAAUACUUCAAAGAUUUUGGAGUUCAGCCUAGAAUUAUUUAGCAUAUUAUUUUCAUUUCACCAAACCGACUGACCAAUUCCUUUGAAGCCGAAUUUAAUUUACAUUUCCAAAAAAAAGCAACUCUAGCUGUGUUCUUGUCGUCCGCUUUUAAACUUUAAUCAGCCUUCCAGACUCUUUUCCCUCUAUCUCUCCCUCUCUCUCUCUCUCUCUCUCUCUCUCUCUCUCUCGUUACAACCCCAUUAUCAGCAUGUUUAAUCACACGUAGCGAAUUCUAUCGGUCGCCGUUUUUGCUUAUGCUCCUUCUUAUUCCACCAACACAAAAAGGCCACAGAACGACGGCCAAAAACAAACGGCUAAAUAAACAGUAAACAGAACGAUUAUUUUUAAUGAAACGAACAAAAACAAAAACCAGCCCAAAACCCCUGACCGGCGGAAGCAUUUUUAACGAACCGUAGUUGUUGUUGGUGCCGAAGUUUUGCUUCUCGUAGACAUCCCGGGGCCUGGUCUCUAUUUCUGCUUCAUCUUUCCAGUCGCGUUGUGUCUCACCUUACGAACCGGUACGAACCGGGCAGUAGAAAUCAGGACCACGUACACGGAACGGCAAAUCGCUACGGGGACCUCUCUUGGGUCCGACAGGAUAACGAUUUUGUGAAAACUGUCUAGAAAGGUUGGAGCUGCGGCCUGGAAGGACCAAACAGGGAAAAGGGACAAACAACAUCACACGAACCGUAUCAAACGGCCAGGAGAUAGUAACGUCAGGUGGGCGGGGUCUUGGGCGUCUUGCACAGGGGGAAAAGUUUCCACGAUGCUCUUUUCCGCAUCCGUGCUGUGUUUCGGUUUCGUUUUAUCUCUCACGUCCUCUUGUGCUUCGGCUAAUGGAUGAUUUAAAAGUUUGCCUUGUCUCAAAUCAUGUCACAAUGGGCGAAGGAAUUUUUCAUCUCACAAAGUCGAAAAAGAAAAACCGCGCAUGAAAACUUUUGCCGCCUCUUGUUUUAGCUGUUCCCCUUUCGUUCGGGUUGGAAGGCGAAAAGCGAAAAGAAAGAAACGUGCACAAGUGCCACUAGACGGUGUCGUUUGUAACCCCGCUUAGGCCGGGACAAACAGCCUCGAGGGUGCUACUUGGAAAGGGGAAGUACAUUCCGGUGGCUUUCCUGUGGGGCGAGUGGAGCAAUUUUAAUUAAGUGAACCUUCUUUGCUGAACCGAAAGGUGUCAGUUCCGUCGUUGCUUUUAGCACACAUAGACACACAACCCCACCGAAGGUGGUGGCCGACCGUGACCGUGUGGUACACAUGGAUGGUUUUAAAAACAACAUAAACGAUUCCUUUCCACUCACGCCACUGGUUGGUCCCCGUGGGUCCCUUGAAUGUUUGCGGAUCAGCCGAGCUUUAAUACAUCAACGGUAAUGGAGCGGUUUUCGGCAAUGUGCCUGAGGGCAAAGAUAAUUUGGGGCACAUUACUUACCAUUAGCCUCUAUUAAUUUUUUAGAAACAUUAUCCUUCUGCCCCCCUUUUUCGGUUGAUCUCGGGAUCAUUCAAGAAGGAUAAGCAUUAUGCUCGGGAUGUGGAGGGAGUUUAAAAUUGUUAUCACUACCAGCUAUGAGCUGUUGGAAGGAUUUUUUUUUGGGUUUCACCCUUCAAUAGGACAGAAGGGUAGUUUUGGGAACUAAUAAUAGUAAAUGGUGGUAGAAUUAGCUAGUCGGGGUCUUAAUAAGGUUAUUAUGACACAUAAAAUGGAAUGGCUCCCGAUCUGCGUAUUGCACGCUGUAAGGCUAAUUAGUCUGCCUUCAACGCUGGAAUCGAUUACGCCUAAAGCUAUGCAAUCUCAAGUCAUGGAAAUUCCUUCCGUGGCGCGCUUUCAAAACACAUUAUCAAACGGCUGUUUUAAGACGUUCAUAAAAAAAUUACUCACACGGAAAGUAAUGCUGACAGACAGUCGCAUACAGCGCGUAACUCUUCUUUACGAAAAUGCGCUGCAAGCUUCCUGUUUAUAGCUUCUUUUAACCUAAGUGAGCGAAUUCAUUAGAAUACGUGUUGAGCAAUGUGAACAGAGAUGCAGCGAAAUGAAAAAUGAAACUACCGGAUGCUAAUGGGUGUUUUUGUCGGCCUCGUCCCUUACGAACUUUCUUCUAAAACACCAUCUUUGGCAAUUUGCCACCAGCGCACCCCGGGCAACGGCAUGGCAGAACGUCGGUGAAAGAGAAGAACUUUUGGCCAUUUCUAAGCCGGGGCAGCACACACAAACAUCCACAGUACAAACGCUCUUCCCUGAACGGAACCACCAGUCGUUGGCGUUGGCCAUUUAUCAUUAUCAGCAUCCGACGCCAAGGGAUGCAAAGAUUCCCGUCCAGACGUCCUGCAGAGCGCUGCCAGUGAAAAAGCCGCAAAAAAACCCGCACACACAAAACGCUGCACAAUGCGUCCAAGCGUCCGUUCGUCUGGCUGCGUUGUUCAUAGCCAUUAAAUAUUUCACCGAUAUCUUUCUAUUGCUUCGCGCUCGCGUUACCUCAUCACUUGCUGGCGGCGGCUCUGCUUGCUUGAUUGCACCGCGGCCUGAUUCGAUGCAGCCAUUUCAAACUGACGACCAGAAACAUAACCAAAAAAAUAAAAUGCCUGGAAAAAAAGCCCCGAAACGAAAAUGAUCGAACAAAUGAACGCAACGGAAAUCAUAGAGCAGUGUGGAUAACGAGAAUUUAUGGUGGCGAUUUAUUUAUGAAUGCCUUCCUUCCACCAAUCAGCGGGACAUGGCCGGCGUUUUUGAUGCACACACACACACACUGAGGGACACAAUCACACAUUUGGGUGGCCCUUUCAUGUUGGUGAAAGGUGGGUGUUUCUUUUGUUUUCACCCUCCCAAACGCUGUUAUCAUUGCUUUCUUUUCGAUUGUGUUUUAAGUCGCGCUCCGAAUAGGAAAAAAGACUAUCAAUAAAAUAAACUGACAUCCUGGCUGCGGAUUUCGGGUGAAUGCUGUCUCUAAGAGCCUGUUUUUUCGCAUUGUGCUUCGCUUCUUUCAAUGCUUGAUGAAUAAUUUUGCUUUUUAAACAAAUUUUAUCCACUUGAUGCCAUGAAAAAAGCUUUGUUUUUGCUUAUUAACAGUUUGUUUUCCACGGAAAAAAUGAGCCAUCGAAAAAAAAAACACCCGUUUCCCUUGUACGUCAUAUUUUGCACGCUUCAUUUCAUCAUGAUAUAGUACAUAAAUAUGCCGACCGUAUAAUGAGCCACGCAGCGCUAAAAAUCAUCCCCGCAACUCCCAUCGCUAGCUUGCCAAGAAGCCUGAAAAACAAGCCGAGAAGAGAUUACGGCUCGGUGUGAAAAAUCGUCACAAUAAAUAAGCCGGCGUUAGCGAGUGAAACCAGUGAAAAAUUGUGCACAAUCAGUGGCAGACGAAAAAGCAAAGCUGAUUAAAAAUCUUUUUUCGCUCGCUUUUCCCCGCAUCAGCUAGCGCACAAUGAAAUUAACAGUGAACAGUGAAACAAUAUGCGUACGAUCGUAAAUGAGCUCGGUAAAGGAUAUAACAGUAUCGUUCGGGAUGGAUAUCAAUUAAGUGUGUAACAGUAAAUGCGGCAGGGAUGUAAAGCAUACCAUAAACUUGGUCCAGUGAGAUGGUAACAGUGCGUUCGGUUUAGUUGUGCUUGGUAACACUUGAGUUUUGUGCAACGACAGGAUGGAAACACGGUACACUCUUUAAGCGAAAAACAUGUGGAUAAUGCAAACGAUCCUGUGAUGACAUCGUUGGGCUGCUUCAAACAUCAAUGCAACAGUGUCGCGCUUGCGACCAUUCUGCUUCUGCUGACGAUGAUGAUUGAUGUACGAGAGCAGACGAUGCUGACGGAGCAUCCACCCACCACGGAGGAUCUGCAAUAUUCUAAACAAAUCACCUCAAACAGUAGAAUCCAAUCUCCGACAAUGUCAGCGUCACCACCGUCGACCACACCGUCCCCACAGUCGAGUGCAGCGUCGACGUCAACCACCGUCUGGUCGGAACCGUCUACGUCAUCGGCGACUCUGUCGGUGACAGCGUUACAUAUGGCAGCACUGCCAUUGCCGUCAUCGUUGACAGUGUCGGCUGAAAGUCUAAUCCGAGAUGUGACAUCGGCAGUAACGGACACAUCAACACGUCCGCACCCCGAAGCGACCGGCGUCGGGCAGGGAGCGGACCAGGCAUCCGCUGGAACGACACACACCGUUCCAUCCGGUGCACGGAACAGUCAACCGGCCGGGACGCUACUAGGCGGCGUCUCCAGUGAUGCGGCAUCAACGGCCGUACAGUACGAUGGUAGUAGCGCCAGCGCCAAAUACACAACCUUUCGACCAUUACUAAUACCUACCUUACCUGACGUGCGGCGUAGUCGAAUUGUCCAUUCGAUGCCUUAUCAAAGCAAGCAUCACCACGAGCGUCAUUGGGGUCCUUUUUUCGAGGAACCGGUCAACGUGACUUCCGGGGCGGCCUUGCAGGUUGGAUAUCAUUUAUCAACGGAGGCCAUCCUCAACUGUAGGGUAGGAAUGCUUAAAGAUAAAACGGUGAUGUGGAUCCGAAGAACCACCGAUAAGGUGUCGUUACUCACCGUGGGCAACAAUACGUACAGCGGGGACCCGAGGAUAAAGGUCAAAUUUCAAUAUCCCAAUAAUUGGAGGCUACAUAUCAACCCGAUCAAGUCCGACGACGCUGGCCUGUACAUGUGCCAGGUGUCGACGCACCCUCCGCGGGUGUUUGCAACGAAUCUGACCGUCUUGGAACCCGCCGUAAGAAUAGUGGAUGAGAUGGGCUACGAGUUCUUCGACCGUUACUACAAGCUGGGCAGCACGAUCGAGAUAUCGUGCCAAGUGUCGACAUCGUAUCUGGCGAGUCUUCCGCCCAACUCCAAGCAACGCUCGAAGGCUUCCGUCGGUCCUCAAGCGAACGCAUUCGACGAGGCAUCGAAACAAGGCACCAAAACCACCAAGGACGAUAGCAAACUGUCGGAUUCGACGGAAAGAGGGUUGAUUAGCUGGACCAAGGAUGGCGCCGAGCUGCCGAAGGAUGUCAAGAUGAGUUUUAGUGGCACCAAGCAGUGGCUCAUCAGCCGGAUAUCGAUUCUGCAGGCAAAUCGUGUCCACAAUGGCGUCUACAACUGCACCGUAGCCGGCAAGCAGAGUCGAUCCGCCCAGGUGCAGGUUCUGAACGGUGAAACUCCGGCCGCUGUUCAGCAUAAUUUUGGGCAUCGCAAAGAGGCAUCGGUGCUGUUCGGCGUCCGUUCCACGCUGGUGGCAAUAAGCUGGUGCGUACUGCUGAAGCUGAGCUGGUUGCAGGUCUACUGUUAAUCGUUCUGCUCGCCGGACAGACGGACUUCUUUGGAAAGGUGAUCUAGCAGAUAGCACAACAACAAAAAUUGUCUACUCACAGCAUUUGGUUAAUUCGUGUUAACAGAAGACGUGAGUGUUUGUGAAGAGUGUCAAAAGAAAUUGUGAGAUAGUGUUUGGGGAAUGUUUCGCUCCCUUCUAACGAGAAGCUCAUUACUCAUACUGUGUGUAGAGGAUCACCCAUAUAACAUGCAGGGAAACCCUUUUCCCUGCUUGGGUCUGUAUUCAGCGGUAGCGUGGAUUGUACGGAAAGGUUUCUUCAAACGAAUUCAAAAGUCAAACUCAUUUGGGUUCUUACCAGGUUGGGGAGAAACGUUAAACUAAAAGAAUCAAAAUAAGCGUGUACAUACGAUGAGUUAUUAGGUAAUACCGCACAUCUCGUUAAUGUAAUGUAAAAAGGCUCAUUGCGUGUUUCUGUUCGUUUUUUACUACUCUUCAAUCAUAGUACGGAACAUUGAUAGCUCUACUUCUCUAUUUUUAAAAAAAUGUUUAGUUACGAUCGUGAUAUAAAUUUUACUACCCCUUGUGGAGUGAUUGUUGAAAAGGUUAUUUUUAUAAGCAAUCUCAGUGUGUCAGGACGAACACGGUUUUUCAUCUUAUAAUUAGUUAAAACGUAAAUCUAACCGCGACGGUUUAUAUUGUAGCGGAUAGCUGUUCAUGGGCGAGGUUACCAGCACACGGCGUAUCCUAAUUGUUUGAAGAGGAAAAAGACUCAGUUACGGAAAAAACAAACAAACUUUUGCGUAAAUUAGCUAAAAAUCGAUCGCUCACUGUCUCCCGUGCCAUUGUGGCGUCACCAAAACGUUCGAGCAAACUCCGGAACAAUGGUGGCAUAGACAGCAAACUGUCAAACCAUGUAUUACUACGUCAAAACAAUUGCAAAUAUACAAACAAACACACAGCAGAAUCAAAACAGAACAAAACCCAAGUCGUUACGAAAACAAAGAAAAAUUAAGGCUUUCCGCAUAUUCGGAAAGCUACAAUGUAUGCUACCAACUAUACCAACCAGACAGAAACAACUACAUUAAGGAUAAACUAAACUCGAAGCAUUAAGCGAAACCAGCAGUGUGCGUGGUGAAGGGGCGUGAUGCAAAUGCAGAAAAACAAAUAUAUACCACCAGAGAAUAAUGGGACGUCUCUGGCGAACGUAAUACAACAA